UACUGUCUGUCUAUUCAGGGGUCUGUCUAUGGCAUACAAUGGAAUGUGCAGCCUCUGAGUUAUAGGUCCCCCCCCCCCCCCCCCCAUAUACAUUGAGUGCUCGGAGCUGUUGCUCCAGCUCUACUACACCUGGCAGUAGCAGUAAGGAGUGUGUGCAGUGCUGGACUUCUCCUGCCUUCCUCCCAUGUAUGACUGCUAUCAGUGCUGCGUCAGGAGUGACUCCCAGCUCGCAGGCACUUUGGAGAAACUUACUGCUCCCCCCUCCCGGUGCUGCCGGUCUCCUCUCCGGCUGACCGCACUCUACCGCUCCGUGCCGCCCCCGGGGAUGGGGACAGCACCCGACACCUGCGGCCGCCGAGCAUCGCACCCCCUGUAAUGAGAGCGAUCAUCGCCCUGCAGACAGAGUCGCUCCUCACCCCUGAACUGCAGGAUCAAGUUCAGCUCUGGUUACCUGCAUUGGGACAAGAAGGAGAAGAGGAGGAAGAAGGAGAAGGAGAAGGGGGAGGAGAGUGAGGGGAGGGGAGAGACUCUGCAAUAUCAUUUGUGAAUCGUCCACAGGGCUGCAGAUACAUAUUGCUAACACAUGCAGAGCAAAUGCAGGUAGCCCAGCACCAACUGCGGCUCCACCACUAACUCCACCAUCUGCACCGGCUUCCAUCCGAGAACUUUGCCGGAUCGCAUCGGGAUUUUACUGCCAGGAUUUCUGCUUGUGUUGUUCCUGACAUCAUUCCUUCAUUCAAGCAUCCAGCCUAUGGUGGAAUACUACAAAACUGUGCUGGGGUCUGGAGCAGGAGGCACCAGCUGAGAUCCUCCAGGUUCCUCCUCACCAGCUUGUCCCAUUGACUGGAGGAGCAGAUCGCUAUGAGAGGGUAACUCUGUGCCGGGGACAAGUGGGCUUGGUGGGAUCUCGGCAGCUUUGGCAGACCAGCAGCUCUGGAGACAUGAGGACUGUGCGGGGCUGCUGCCUGCUCCUGCUCAGGGUAGCUCUCACCCUGGCAGCCUCCAAGCAGCUGCUAAAGUACCGGCUGGCGGAGGAAGGACAGCCCGACAUCAGGAUCGGGAAUGUGGCUUCAGACAUCGGCAUUGUCACCGGCUCCGGGGAGGUGACCUUCAGCCUGGAAUCCGGCUCCGAUUACUUCAAGAUCGACAACAUGACCGGGGAGCUGAGCACCACCGAGCGCCGGAUAGACCGGGAGAAGCUGCCGCAGUGCCAGAUGAUCUUCGAUGAGAACGAGUGCUUCAUAGACUUCGAGGUGUCGGUGAUCGGACCUUCUCAGAGCUGGGUGGAGUUGUUUGAGGGUCGGGUGGUCAUCCUGGACAUUAACGACAACACGCCGACCUUCCCUUCCCCGGUGCUCACCCUGACCGUGGAGGAGAACCGGCCGGUGGGGACCCUCUACCUGCUGCCCACCGCCACCGACAGGGACUUUGGCCGCAAUGGGAUCGAGCGCUACGAGUUGAUCCAGGACGCCGGCGAGAGUUUGUUCGUGUCCGGCAGACGAUCUGGUGGUCGGCUGGAGACUGGGGAGAGCGCCCUCUACCCGGGGAAAAGACGGAUGGAGACGGACAGCAGGAGCAGCGUGUUCGAACUGCAGGUAGCGGACACGUCCGAUGGGGAGAAGCAGCCUCAGCUGAUAGUCAAGGGGGCUCUGGACCGGGAACAGAGGGACUCCUACGAGCUGACCCUGCGGGUGAGGGACGGGGGAGAGCAGCCGCGGUCCUCGCAGUCCAUCCUCCGGGUGCUCAUCACCGACGUCAACGACAACAGCCCCCGCUUUGAGAAAAGCGUGUACGAAGCGGACCUGGCGGAGAACAGCGCCCCGGGCACCCCCAUCCUGCAGCUGAAAGCCACCGACUACGACGUGGGGGUGAACGGGCAGAUCGAGUACGUCUUCGGUGCGGCCACCGAGUCCGUCAGGAGGCUUCUCAGGCUGGACGAGAACUCGGGCUGGCUGAGCGUCCUGCACAGGAUAGACCGGGAGGAGGUCAACCAGCUGAGGUUCACAGUCAUGGCCCGAGACCGGGGACAGCCCCCCAAAAGUGACAAGGCCACCGUGGUCCUCAACAUCAAGGAUGAGAACGACAACGUGCCCCUGAUAGACAUCAGGAAGAUCGGUCGCAUCCCAGUGAAGGAUGGCAUGGCCAGUGUGGCUGAAGACGUCCUGGUGGACACCCCCAUAGCUCUAGUCCAGGUGUCUGAUAGGGACCAAGGGGAAAAUGGAGUAGUGACCUGCACGGUGGUGGGAGAUGUCCCCUUCCAGCUCAAGCCAGCCAGUGACAGUGAGGGGGACCAGAACAAGAAGAAGUAUUUCUUGCACACUUCUGCCCCCUUGGACUAUGAGAACAUCAAGGAGUACAAUGUCAUUAUAGUGGCUGUGGACUCUGGGAGCCCCAGUUUGUCCAGUAAUAACUCCCUGCUGGUCAAAGUGGUGGACACUAAUGACAACCCACCGGUGUUCGGCCAACCUGUAGUGGAGGUAGCCUUCCCUGAGAACAAUGUGCCCGGGGAGAGGGUGGCCACUGUCCUGGCCACAGAUGCAGAUAGUGGUAAGAAUGCAGAGAUUGCCUAUUCUUUGGAGCAGUCUGUGGCCGGGGUCUUCUCCAUCCACCCAGACACAGGAGAUAUCACAGCCAAUAUAGUCCUGGACAGGGAGCAGAUGGACAGGUAUGAGUUUAAAGUUGUUGCCAAAGACAAGGGUCUGCCCGCCACUAUGCAGGGCACUGCCACCGUUGUAGUGCAGGUAGCUGACAGGAAUGACAAUGACCCUAAAUUUAUGCAGGAUGUCUUCAAUUUCUAUGUCAAGGAAAACUUACAACCCAACAGCCCAGUUGGGAUGGUGACAGUGAUGGAUGCUGACAAAGGUCGCAAUGCAGAGAUGAGUUUAUUCAUAGAGGAAGAUAAUGGUAUCUUUUCUAUCGAGAACAACACUGGGACCAUCUGUUCCACAAUCUCAUUUGAUAUGGAGCAACAAACCUCAUACACCUUCAAAGUCAAAGCACUGGAUGGUGGGGACCCUCCUAGGUCUGCUACUGCCACAGUGUCACUCUUUGUGAUGGAUGAGAAUGACAAUGCCCCACUCAUCACCAGUCCCAUCAAUAGUUCUUAUGCAGUUGUCUCCCCGUCCAGCGGUGUCAGGACGGUGGUUGCCACUGUGGUGGCCACUGACACAGACUCAGGUGUCAAUGCAGAUCUGAAUUAUAGCAUUGUUGGAGGAAACCCCUUUAAACUCUUUGAAAUCAACCCAGCCAGUGGAGUGAUAUCCCUGGUUGGCAAGCUGGCCUCAAAACACUAUGGUCUGCACAGGUUAGUGGUCCAGGUGAACGACAGUGGUCAACCAUCCCAGUCCACCACUGCUUUAGUCCAUGUGUUCAUUAAUGAGACUGUCUCCAAUGCCUCAGUUGUUGAUUCCCAAAUUGCCAGAAGUUUGCACAUCCCAUUAAGCCAGGAUAUAGCCGGUGAUCCCAGCUAUGAAAUGAGCAAGCAGAGACUUAGCAUAGUGAUUGGUGUGGUGGCUGGGAUCAUGACCGUCAUACUGAUCAUUCUAGUGGUGGUCAUGGCACGUUAUUGUAGGGCCAAAAGUAAAAACGGCUAUGAAGCAGGCAAGAAAGACCACGAGGACUUCUUCACGCCUCAACAGCAUGACAAGUCUAAGAAACCCAAAAAGGACAAGAAAAAUAAAAAAACAAAACAGCCAUUGUAUAGCAGCAUAGUGACAGUGGAAGCUUCAAAGCCAAACGGGCAGAGAUAUGACAGUGUCAACGAGAAGCUGUCAGACAGCCCCAGCAUGGGGAGAUACAGAACUGUAAAUGGAGGUCCUGGUAGUCCUGACCUAGCAAGGCAUUACAAAUCUAGUUCUCCACUUCCUACUGUGCAGCUUCAUCCUCAGUCACCUACUGCUGGGAAAAAACACCAGGCUGUGCAAGAUUUACCACCGGCCAACACUUUUGUGGGAGCUGGAGACAACAUCUCAAUUGGAUCAGACCAUUGUUCUGAGUACAGUUGUCAGACCAAUAGCAAGUACAGCAAACAGUCACAUUUUUUGUUUUGAUUUCAUCAUGUGGGCCUUAUCACCUGGAUCAAGUGCAAAAAUUGGUCACUGCACACUCCUCCUGUGAACCUCAGCUGCGAUCUUGAAAAAUAUCUGUCAUAAAGAGCUAGAAAAUGUGAUUGUGGGACAAUUUUGCAUAGAGUCACUCUAAUAAGUGUGUAUAGAGCGACUCUGCUGGCUAAAAAUUAUGAAAGAAGCUUCAAGUGACGCGCAUCGGAAACACUGGAGAGCCUUGAAAACCAUUUAUAUAUACAUUUAAAGACAUGUAAACUGCUCUUAAAGUAUUAAGUUCAUACUUGCCUUAUUACAAAAAUGAAUUUCACAAAGCAAGACUGUGGAAUACCUAAGGAAUCCAUCGUUUGGUUAAAGUAUGCAUUCAAAAAAAAGGUAUGCUGUAUGUAUAAAUGGUUCUAUUGACCGUUCACUCUUUUUUUUUUUUUUUUCCCUGAAUGCUUAUAACUUUUUGUGAUAUCUGAAAUGUACAAUGUUACAAAUAAUUUGUUAAUUGUCAUGUACUUUCCAUGCAACCGUUGGCUAAACCAGGAAACGACGAGGACUUAAGAAGGAACAUUUUUAUUUUCUUAAAAAAUAAACCAAUAAAAUAUAUUUAUUAUAUAAAGAUGAAUAUUUAUUAUAGAUAUAUAAGAAAAAAAAAUAAAAAAAAAAUCAGAGCUUUAAUUUAAAGCUUGAAACUAAUGGUGUUGCAGAAAAUAAAUAAAUGCAUGUCUACACUCCAAACAGAAUUUUUCAAUUUUUUGUAUUUUUUUUUUAAAUAAUAGCAACUUUUUGCUUGGCUUAAACAAGUGAAUGCACUACCGAUAGUCACAUGAUGUAUCAUUAGCUAGAUCAUAUCGGAUAUACCACGGGCAGUCAGUUUGAGCUUUCUUUAUUUUACUUUUUGCUAAGAAUGGUACAGGAGGGGUUGGUGGUCAGUUUUAUAUAGGUUCAAUAUGGUUGGGUGUUACCAAUCUAUAAGUAUUUAUUUUCUGGCAAGAGGAAAAUGUGAAAGUUUAAGUUUUCUUUGAAAUUAAAUGGGUAGCCCAGAAGUGGAUUUUUUAAAUCAGAACGAGCACCCUACUUGCCCAUAGCAUGUAACUGGUAUUAGACCUCAGGUCCAUUCAUUUGAGUGGAGAUGAGUUGUGCUCUUUCGGGCCCUUUUUUCUAUUCCUGGACAACAACUAGCGCAAUCAACUAAAUGAGCACGUGAAGAAAUGAGAGUCCCACCUUCCUAACUUUAUAGAAAUGGAGCACAGGAAGGAAGUAAGGAUAAAUAAUUCCAUAUCAUAGAUCAUAUAUUAGAAUUUACUAGCACAGUACAAAGCUUUUACAAGAACAGACUUGAAAUUUCCUCUAAAUAUUCCGUAUGCAUUUCUAAUGCUUAUUGGACAUUGCAGACAAAUGUGUAAGAACAUUUGGCGCGGAGAGUCUGAAAUACAAAGUUAGAGGUGUUGAGUUCAGUACUUCCUACAGUCUAUAGAAGAUGUCAGAACAAUUCUGCCUUUGUUUUGCCGUAAACAAUCUCAUUUGCAUAUUCCACAUUUCCCGUUUGUGACUCCAAUCUCAUCUUCACAAUUAGUCAUGGAAGUCUGGCUAAUAUGUACCUGCAAAAUGAUGUAGUGCCUCACAUAGGAAAACCAGUGCACACAGUAGGCACUUCUUUCAUGCCAUGUGCAUUAAAUAGCUGUUUGCUGCUCCUGGGUUUGGCCAACAGCUAUCAUUCCUGACACCCCUCCCAUCCCCUAAUGAAAUUAAGUAUGCUAUAAAGUAUGCUCUUAUGUCAAUAGGGAGAGGGAACAAACUGCUUUUGGACACUUCCGGCGGUGGCUUAAAAAGCACGAUUAACCACAUUAAACCAUAUUGCCUGGUAGAGUUCGUUAUGCUUAUUAAAAUGAUACCCUGCUUAUGCUUCUAGGUAGCAGAACUGACAUUUUCAUUAUUCUGCUAAAUAGCUAUUUUGAGCAUCAAGGGGCUGGCCAGAAGUAUUGGAGCACUGCUAUCCUAACACCCAUCUCCUCGGUGCACACCUUCCUUCCCUCUGUGCUCUCUGCCUUCCACUGGGAUUGACGUGGUUAGACAUCUCAUUUAGGCCUGUAUUAUUGCUUCUGCGCCAAGUAACUGGGCGGUUGAGCACUGUAUCUGAUGCCGCUUCCCAAGCUCUAGCCCUGUCAAAGUGGGUAGUGGGAGUGCAUAGAGGGGAGUGAAGAGUGCACAGAGGAGAUCAAAGUUAGGAUAACAGUGCUCCAAGUCUUCUGGACAGUCCCUUGUUGCUCAGAAGAUAAUGCUUAUAUCUCAGGAUUGCUGCUACCUAGAAACAUACUGUAAGUAAAGUAUUGUUUUAUUCAGCAGUAUCAACCCUAUCAAGCAAUAUGCCAGGCUUAAUAUGGUUGAUCAUGCUGACACAUGCUCCUUAACUCCUAGAAGAACAAAUGAUCCAGGGCGCUGUGAUGGAUCCUUUUACCCAUACACAUUAGAUAGUCGUCGGAUCCAAAAAUGGCAAAAAUUGGCAGGUCCAGCCACCUAUAAUCUAGUAUCUAUUCCCAGCUUUAUCUAAUACAAUGACAGCUAUCAUCUGUUUGUUUGCAUUGGACAACACCUCCCAAAAAUAGUGUUAAGGUGCCAUACACAUUAGAUGAAUGUAAGCCGAACCUGAUGAUUUUGUCAGGACCGGCCUACUAUCUAAUGUGUUUGGCGGUGACCCAGUAUAAGGGCCAGAUAUGUUGUAUUUCAACAUGUCCAAAUCUAUGUUCUUAAGGGAGAUAAGUGAU